AACUGUGGGCAGAACGUUCACUUUUCGAAAUCUCGCCUACGAUCUGUGGUGUUUGAGCUUCAUACUAUUGUACUCACCUCCGAGACAGAUGCACAGGAACUCAUUGGUUCAUAUGAGCAGAUAGUCGACGAUUCUGCUCUCAUCGAUGCCAAAGCUGCUCUGAGCGAACUCCUGGAGAAACACGUUGAUGCUGAUGUUCUGAAUAAACUGAAUGCAGCAGACGAUGUGACACACGCUGCCGUAUUGGAUCGUCUCAACAGUUGCCUGGAAAGUGAUGGACGUCUUGUGGUGUCAGAACGCCAAUCUUCUUUCGAUCCUUUAAAGCCGCAUCAGAAUUUCAGGCGACUUCCUGAAGGGAUGUCAACCGCCUUGCUUGACAGUUCAAUUCUUGGACUACGGAAAGUGGAAAGUUGCAGGGCUUUUCUUUCAAUGGAUGCUCGCAAUGGAGAGAUCUCACGAGCUAUGCGAAAUCGUAGUGUUGAAAUUUUUGUGACUACACACCAGCAGUGGAAUUCCAGUCCUCCAGACAUAACUGCAGUUUUGUCUUCACAUGGAAAAAUAAUCCCACAGAAGCUCUCGAAAUCGCUGUCUUCCUUACCGGCUGAAAAACAGCUUCAUUUUUCUGCUCUCCUGAGCGAAAUGUCGAUUGAAGAAGCGUGCCGUAUAAUAGGCCUUCCAUAUUCGGAAACCGCAGACGUUGCAUUGUGCCACAGUUCAAUAGCCCCAUUCGUGGAAGAAGUUGACACGGAAGGGUACGAAUCAUGGCUUCUAAGGGCAUGGAAGGAAUGCAGUGACAUUGACCCUUUCUCUGGCUUAUUCCUCUCUUUACUGUCCACUUCGACGAGCGUCCUUCGCGGAGUGUUAUUCCAACAGGUUUUCGGUGAUACUGCUUUACCUGCGGUGAGUCGUUUACGUAAAAUGUCGCUGGACAUGGAACACUCUCAUCACCCCAUUGACCCUCGUUUCCACCACGGAAUCCCAGGAUCUGAGGGUAGCGAAACUGUCCGCAGGUUCGUCGUUGUAACGGUGUGUGAGUGGUUCAUUUGCUUUUUGAAAGCUUCCACGAUAUAUCCACAAUCUGCGGAACAUCUGAGUCGCACACUCUCCAAGUUUGAAAUGACACGGCUAGAUGUGAGUUUCAAGAAUCUACAACUAAUUGCCAAAGUGGUGGACGCAGUGAUAGAUACAUUGAACGAAGCAUCGCAAGUAGGAGAUGAAAAUAAGGUGUAUAUGUUCUGCCUGCAUCUUGCUCUUUUCGUGAUUGCUUCUCGUCGUCCACUGGAUGCACGAACCGGAUGUGCACCGCUUUAUUUAGCGUGGAAUGAAAUACACCGAUUGCUCCCAAGGCCAACUGUUGUUGACAGCAGCGAUACGUUGCACUCCGACUCUUCUGUCUUAUCAAAAUUGAUACAUUUGAUGAGUGAGGGUUGGUCAGUAGAUGCUCACGAUCGCUUCAUCAAGUCCUACUUGCCAUUCUACGAAGCUCAUCGAGUAGCUGAACCUUUCAGUGAUGAGGAAGGAUGUCAGAAACUGUGCUCAGUCAUCACCUAUGUUCCAUCAGAAAAUGGAGCUGGCGAUGUUCGACAGUUGAGGUCCCCAACUGAAGACAUUGAGGAAGUCAUUCCUGCAGUUCCUAAUGAAUCGCCCAUCUCGAAGGCUCUCAACUUAAUUUCGUUGAUGAGACAGCUAUAUAUUUUCCUCAGCACAGGAGUGGUAGACGAGCCAAACCGAACGUUUGACAGCCUGUUGGUAUUGAAGUCGAUUCCUUGGCGUAAUGAGCUAUGUAGAAAAUUCGCACAAGGGAUCGCUUUACUAAAUAGUGAAUAUUCUGACGCUAAGAAGGUCUCAUCACUCAGAUUCACUGAUGCAUUCUCGACCAUUUUCCUGUCAUUCUGGGAGGAUGUCGAUUUCGACCCUCAACUGAGCUCGCUUUCAGUUUCGCAUCUAAUGCACUGCGAGUUAAUGAAUUUGGUACAACAGCUUUGGAAACUCGCUCCAAACUCUCCGGUCUUAUCGCAGCUUAUUACCGAGGAACUGAGGUCUGCUAACAACGGGCUGACAGGGAGUUCGGUUCUUGGGGAUCAGUCCGAUGAUGGAUGGAAGAGGCGCCUGGAUGUUGCAUUAGAGAUCAUGCAAAAUGCAUUACCUCCUCCAGAUACGCUUGACCCAGUCAUUUUCGAGGAGCAAAGGGCUGCAUAUCAACAGAACGUCUUUCAAGCAGUCGAUCGGCCACUGGAUGUGCUUGCUAAAUGGAGGAAUGCUGUGUCCAGGCAGCCACCCGAGUGCGAUUCGCAUUCUUCACAUCCCGUAAUUGCUUGUCUUUGGAACACUCGCUCGGAGUUGAAGAUAUUCCUGGAUAAAUCACAUGAAAAACCGGCAGUAUUUCGCCAGAAAGCUAGUCAGUAUUCGUCAAUGUGCGACGAAAUGCGGGCGUUCUACGGUGUUGUUGCGACAAUCGUCCCUGUCCUUCGUGGACUUAGCGCUGAUGCUGAUGUACUCCGUUCGGAUUUCGAUUCGCGACAGCUAACUGUGAUCCUGGCCCAGCUUCACUCAUUUGCAAUCAGCGCUCAUGGUUUCAAAAAGAGAAUUCUUACGACGUUUGGCUCUUUUGUGGAUGUAUCUAUGACGUUCGUGCAAGGACUCGACGUAUUCCUUUGUGGCCUCCACGAAGCAUGCGACCUGAUUGAAACUGCUGAAAGGAGGCGUGAUCUCCAGAGCUCCACCGCAUUCCCCAUCAGAUUCAGUGUGAAAGCAACAGCAGAAGGUCUCGAGAGCACUGAGCUGUUGUCGUGGUGCUGUCGUGACGCAUCACCCAUGCCUUUGCAUCUGAAGGCUGCUGUGGUAAGACGCCGUCUAGCCUCGGGUGAUGAUCCCAUAUGCAAUCUGGAAUGGAUACGUCAUCAGUGGCAGAAAUGGUAUGAAAAGAACGUAGCUAAGGCUGUAGAGAAGGAUUUUGUAUACCGAAACAAAACAGAAGAAGAAAAGGAUGAGCUUGAUGUGAUGGAAUUCUUCUCAGAGCGGGAUCAGGAGCGAGAAAUUCUCUCUGACAUCACUUUGCGGUCACUCCUAGAGACAAAUCGGCCUAAAACUGGGUCCAAAACGUCCACAGACGCCCAGUCUGCAGCAGAUUCUAACUACGUCCUCGCUCUUCUGUGGCUCCGGCAUGUUCUAACUGGUGUGCGGCGUUUUGACCAAGAGCUACAUUCUUCCAUUGUUGAUUCGGACUUUCUUUUGAUUGGAGAUCUAGUAGAAAAGAUCAUGGCUGGCUCCGAUGCGGUUCUGGAUGUCUACAGAUCAGCCUCUCUUGCCCAAUUUCGUCGUGCAGCUGAAAUUCUUGAGCCCCUUGCGAAGAGGACGCGAGUCAUAAUGGAACGAUGGCCCGAGGUCUUCAUUUCUGCUAUUUUAUUUUUAAUUUUCCAGUUUGCUUCAGAGCAGUGCGAAGAGUGGGAAAAGAUGGCUGACAGAAUGAACUCACUACGACAUGAAUUGGCGCCACUGCGUGAACUUCUCGUUGACUGGAAGAAAAUGGAGGUACGCUCUUGGGGAGAGCUAUUGCGCCGAGUGGAGAAUGAUGGACAACUGCGUGCUCAACUUGUGGUUUACCCGCUGUUUGAUGCUUUGUUCAAAGCUGAAACCUCUGAAGCUCAAACAGCUCUUAUUGCUAUGUCGACGGAGUGGAUCAGUAACGCAAGUCUGCUGGACUAUUCAAUUCGUAUCAAAAGCGUUCAUUGUCUAGCCGAGUGGGCAGAGUUACUGGGUUAUAACUCAGUUUCACUCCAACUGCACUCGAUGGCCGCUCACUUCGAGCAGUACACACCAGUUGUCGAGCAGAGCCUACGUGAAGCGAGAGAGCCUGCUGAACAUGCCCUGAAAGACUAUGUGAAAAUAGUGAAAUUCAACGAUCUCAAUUUGUGGAACAUCAAAGUUUCAUCGCAGAAAGCUCACACUCAUCUUUACAAGAUUGUACGGAAAUUCCGGGAAGCAGUUGGCGUCCAAGUUUCGCCACAUUUUGACAAGUUGGUCCAGAUUGGCGGCACGAGCGCUGCUGCACUUCCUGAUUUGUCAAAGGUAGAAGCUCACGGUCGCGGACGGAGAGCGGUUGAACUUGCUGAUGUCAUCAUGACUCAAGCGGCAAGUGUCUGUGACGUGAUGUCUGCCGUCGAACUUGCUGAUCAAACGAAAUGCUGUGAUGAAGCGAUUCGAGUACUCAUCAACUAUCAAGGAGAGGAUGAGGAGAAGGAGAAGCAGCAAGGUUACGCUCGAAAUUCCCGGCAGCGUGCAGUUGCAAUGGUCAUCAAGGAGGCGCAAAGCAUCGGUCUGAAUGCUCGCAAAGCCCAAGUCCUUGACCCGGAAAUAUUGACUAGAAGUUCUCUAACAGAAGUGAGAAGAAAUCAUGCGAAUGAGACUUCCGUCCAUAUAUGCGCUGGUGGCCGCAAUGCCUGCAUUCGUAAAGCCGUAGCACCUAACGAUCAGCUGGGCGUAGCUACGAGGAAGCAUUUAGUUGGAGUUAUUGAUUACGGUAUGGCAUGGAUUCUGAAGUGUCACAAGAAGCUAGCUGAUUGGGAAGACUCUUGCGGUCUGCUGACUCGAAAAAGUCGUGCAUUCGAACGUUUGCAGUCAAAUGUGGAGGUGGAGAAAAAGAACUAUUUUUUUUUCUUUUUCGGUCUUUUAUGGUGUUUCAAAGCAUCCGUCAUUAUUUUGUUCUGCGGAAGGAACCAUGAUGAUAUUUUUCGAUGA